AUGAAGACGAAAAAUGAAGGAGAGUGCCCCAUCUGCGACCGGGCCUUCAAGGGUGUGGCCAAACACCUGAGAACCUGGCACAAGGUGGAGAAUAUGCAGGAGAGGGCCAUCCUAAACCAGAUGGCCACAGGCAGGGUCAACCUGGGCUCAGGACCCUGCCCUGUUCCAGGCUGCCUCUCCAGGUUUUGUCCCCAGCUGGAGAGGCACAUCAUGAGCCACAGGUCCCACCUCACAGCUGCACGCCUCCAGAGGGUUCUGGAGGCUGCCAAGAGGCGUGCGGCUGUAAAACGACUGAGGGACCUGAGGGCCACCAACCCCAACCCGCCCCUGAAGUCCACCCUGGACGUGGAGGAGGAGGAGAGGGAGGAGGAGGACGGUCCUCCUGGAGAAACUCCUCUCUGCCAGCUGGCUUCCUGCCAGAGCCUCAGGAGGAGAGUUCAGGAGCUGGAGAAGGAGGUGGAGGAGCUCCGGGCCUCCAAUGCAGCCCUCCGUGCGGCAGCAGGUGAGGGCCCCAGCGGCCUCCAGAGGCCAGUGGCCCCUCAGACAACGCUGCAGGCAACUGAAAGCUGCAGCAGUGAGGCCGAGGAGGAGGAGGACGCUGCACCUCCUGCUAAAGUGAGUCAGCAGCCCAAGAAGGAGGUGAAGCCACAGCCAGGAGGAGCUUGGCUGUGGCUUUCCAGGCUGAGAGAGGAUGAAGAGGCUUUGAAGAGGGGCCUAGCUGAGAUUGUCUCCAAUCUCAGUGACGGAGACACCUCCGAGGACGAGGAGGACAGCAGCGAGGACGAGGACGCUACUAAGCUGGGACCCAUUUUUGGAGGCCGGUCAAAGGCCUCCAAAAUGAGGAAGCUGUCCUUCCCUCCCUCCAUUGAGAAAUACAUGGAGGACUAUAGAAGCAGCAUCGGCUGGUGA